AUGGCGGCAAUCCGGGAUCCUGCCUUCUGGCAUCGCUUCUCCAUAGCCGUACACAACGAUGAAGCACACAGCUCGAACAACACCAGACCAGAGCUCAAGCACUCAGACUCUUGGCUCGAACGGCAACAGCAGAAACGAUCGCGCCGCACGUGUAUCUGUUGGAUCUUUUGGUUCUGCUUCCUUGUCUUCGUAGCUGCACUGGUCAUUACCAUCAUCUGGCUGAAGACUUCGGGCAAAUUGGACCAUCUCAAAUCCCCUUUAGCACCACGAAGUGGGUCGAAUACGAUGUAG